GGUCAUUUCUGCUCAAAUUAAUGAACUACCUAUAGAAAGAGCACUACGGGCCUUUAUGCCAAAAAGGUCAUCGCCACAAUGCCAACGAAAACCAACGGACACGCCUGCUCAAUGCUGCAUAAUUCCAGACCUGUUCGAUGAAAAAACCAAUGCAGGAUGCCUGAGGCUAGAUAAUAAACCAGCGCAAGGGCCCGCCAUUAUUGGAUCACCUGAGUGUACAGAAAAAAAGUGCGUACUCCGGAACAACGAUUUGCUCUUCGACAACGAUGAGAUUGACAAGGUUUCCUUCAAGCAGUACCUGAACGAGUGGGUGGCGAAGAGAAGGGAGUGGAUGCCUGCAGUUAAUGCUGCUAAAAAUAUCUGUCUUGGUAACAAGCCUUUGUUUGGAUUCGAUCAGAUGUGUGACGCGGACAGAGUACUUUGGUGCAUCAAUUCUAAUUUAUAUAACAAAUGUCCUGACUGGCUGGACACUGACAGCUGCGCUACAACGCGAGCUUAUAUGGAAAAGUGUCUGCCUUAUUUCGAUAAAGACACACCUGAGUGACUGACUGUAUGAAAUAUAUGUAUAAAACAAGAA